CUAACGAGACCUCCGAUUGCUGGAGGCUCAGUUUGAAACUAUCCGUUUCGCGAACCGGGCCGACCGUCUGUUGGGAACAAACGGGAGCACGUGUGUGUUUUGCAGAGGAGGUCCGGAGGUGGUGGAUCUGUUUCGGUUUGCCGACGGUAGUGUAGCGCUGUACAAAUCGUACCGGUCCGUCAGUGUGGAGCAGCAGGAGAUCCGGGAAGGUGUAGUGUAGAGCAGAAGGAUCAGAAGAAGAAAACAUACACACAAUGACAGAUCACGAACACGAUCACGACCAUGACGACGACCACGACCACGACCAUGACCAUCCCUCGGUGCUGUUGCGGCUGCAUGGUACGCUCAUGGUAGUUGCUUGGCUGUUCUUCAAUUCCCUCGGGAACACCGUUGCAAGGUAUUUCAAAACAACAUGGACCACCCGUCGGUACUUUGGAGUGCCGGUGUGGAAUUUUUACCAUCGGAUUUACAUGAUGGCCAGCUGGAUACUGACAUGCGCCGCCAUCGUGUGCAUUUUUGUCGAUGUGCGGGGAUUUGAGGCACACGCGCACAGCAUCGUCGGGCUGGCGACGUUCGCCCUCGUGUUCAUCCAGCCCAUCCUGGGACUAAUGAGACCGAGCCAGCAGCCGGCACAGUCCACGAUUAGAAUCCUGCACACUCUCCUGGGCCAUGCUGCCUACAUCCUGGCAGUAACGAACAUGUUUCUGGGAAUCGGACUGGAAGCGGCCCACAUAUCCUCGGUGAUGUAUGGCCUGCUCGCCGGUGCAGUGGGCAUUCACGUGCUGGCCCAUGUAGCUUUCAACGUUCUCGAAUAUCUUACCAGACGGAAGGGAGGCGAAUUGGACGUAAAUAAGGACGCAUCGUUUUCACGCUGGCGGAAAACUACACUGAUGGUACAAAUGAUUGCACUGUACGCGUUCACCAUCGCAAACGUGGUGUUCGUAUGGCGCGGAUAGCCACACCGGGAGCAGACACGUUCCACGCGGUUCUUCGUAAGAGAACGCAAGGUCAACUGUACAAUACACUACCACGCUUAACUGUGAUGAAUACAUUUGUCUCACUACAAACAUAUA